CUGGCACUACGCUGCAUCAACUCGGUACUACUCAGAAAACACUCGCCUACGAUCCCUUGAUUGGCUCGUCCAAUGCAUCGUCUCUAAUUCGUCGUUGUUGCAUCGUCUCCUGCGCCCGCAGUGUUGCUCCUCCUCCGCAGUCUCGUUUCGUCCUUGACCCUCUUCCGCCCGCCGCCUUUCUCGCAACCUGAACCUGAACCUGAACCUCCUGGUCUUCCUUCCUCCGCCCUCCCACACUGUAUCCCACAUCUGUUCCUCUCUUUUCGGUCUUCUCGUUCAAACCAUUCUGUUUGGCUCAGAAGAAAACAGAAUCCUCCGUGCAGUGCUUGCUACUGUCAGGAACCUGUAACCUCUCCGCCUCCCACCAAUAUCUCCGCGAUCUUUUUGCCAACUCAACUACCAUUUGAAUCCUCCUCCACCUCUCCCACAUAGCUGUGUGCCAUUCUGCGGGACACCACUCCCCUUCUCUGCUCACUCCACCGCCAGUGACCCUUGUCAUCGUCAAGCCAAUCUAUCGCAUAUGCAGUCAUGGUCUUGAGGCAAUGUACCGUAUGUGGACGCCGCUUCACCAAAACGGAACACUUCAAACGCCAUGAACGGUCUCAUACGCGAGAACGUCCGUAUUCUUGCACAAUAUGUGACAAGGCUUUCUCCCGCAGCGAUGUCUUGUUCCGACAUAUGAAAUGUCAUGGGGCAAAGAAUGCAAAGACUCCGACCAAUCCUGGAACUAGGAGAAAUACAAUCUCCGAAGGCGUCGCCCCUCAGCCUCCUCAGGAUGAGUUCGAUAUCAACUCUCCUACGGCUGUUGCCAAUGCCUCCCACACCGGCAUUCCCUUAAUGCAGAUUCUCUCCCCAUCCAACUACCUCCCUCCUCACACGAAUAAUUCCAAUCAACAGGCAAGACAUGCUUCGAUUGAUCUUUCCAAUCCUUUCUUGGAUACGGCCAGCACCCAGUCCAACAGCCUUGGAAUACAACUUCCAGGAACAACAUGGCCCCUGACUUCCGGAGAGGAGAAAGACCCUUCCACUUCACAGCCACAGAAGCCAUCACCCUCCCAGAACAGUGGCGAGGCUUCAACGUUCGAGACUUCUGUACCGACUCCGGGCAACCCUAACCAGACUCCCCGGUCGGAAAUAGCCCCGAAUCAGUUCAGUGACGGGCAUAUCGAAUGGCUCCCACCAUCAGAUCAGACGAAUCAAAACAACUUCCAUGACCCAUUCCAGAUGUGGCUGUUCCCCUCGCUCGGAGACCUCGACCAGUCCCCUGACUUUCUCCAGACCUAUGGCUUGGGUGACCUGCAACAUCAAUAUCUUGAUCAGAAAGGUCUCGUCAACGGAACAACAAGCGACCCGCCAGACAGAAAGAAGACCAUCGAGAAAGUCCCGAGAGAGCGAUUUUCGAGGGUACAGCGCUGCUGGGGGCCUCGUCCGGGGCGCAACUAUCGAAUCAUGCCGAAUCUCUGGAAAGAAGUCGCCUUGUCACCAAUGGACAACCUCUUCUCGGAAACUCCAUUCGCCGCCGACGACUUCCGGACUGUCUCGAACUGGGGACUGGACACUGAUUGUCGGGUACGCCUACGCAAUACAUUCCACACGCCUGCGCCGUCUGCCGUUCAUUCGCCACGACUGCAAGCAGUCGUUGACCCAGCUUUGUCACAAGCAAACGAGGAGUUCCCACCGGCCGAGAUUCUUGACAUCGCCCUGGGUCUUUUCUUCCGUCGCUUCCACCCUACGGUUCCCUUUAUACAUGUUGCGACUUUCUCGGUGCGGAAUACCCCAACGCCUAUGCUAUUUGCUAUUUGCUUGAUCGGAUUAAGCAUUCUGGGAACCACCGGCGCAACUAGAUUUGUGUCGAGGAUGUUCCCGAGUUUCCUCCAACGUGUCUGCAACGAUCUGUCUGCAUGCGCGGGAUGUUCUGCAACAACACAACAACAACUGGCCGCCUUCGCCACAGCGCUGUUAACACUGAAUCUGUCUGUGAUUACCGGAGAGAAAGAUCCUUUCAAUCAGUGCCAGAUGCUGUACGUCAGUCUUAUCUCGAUGGCGCAGCAGAAUGGAUUGUUUGCUGCAGAUGAGGGUCAAUCGUUGGACGCCUUGCUGGCCGAAAUGUCCGAAUCGGACGACAGAUGGAAAGCCUGGAGCCGCAUCGAGUCGGCCAAACGACUGAUUCUCGGGCUUUUGCUGGCGGACUCAUGGUUCUCUAACCUUUUGUCCAAAGCACCCAUCAUCCGCUCCGAAUCUGUCUGUGCAGUUGCCCCGUGUGAUGAAGCACUCUUUCAAGCCAAAUCUGCCACCCAGUGGCAAUCACUGUUGCGAAGUGGAAAGAGCCAAAGCGCGCCUACCUUCCGAAUCGAGGAUCUUCACAAGCAAGACAUGGAACCCAUUGGUCGAUUGGGCUACCUUGGUAGGUCGUCGUUGUUAGCCUUGCUCCAGAUACAAAUACUUGAGGCGUAUCAGCGGUUGAUGCCGUCGGACCAGUUGGUUGUCGGGUCGUUCAUCCCCUGGCAUGUAUACACCGGCGACGCCCGAGCAAAAACCACAAUACCAGCCGUGUUAGCAGCCAACCACGCAGCGGGCCCGUUGGCCAAAGUCGACGACACAAACUGCGUCGUGCUCUGGCACAGUCUAUGCAUCAUGCUCCUUGCGGACUUUCGCAUGUUCGAACUCGCAGCUGGCCGACACGGGGCAGCUCCGGCGACGGGUGCGCUUGAGAACAUCAGCCAAUGGUCUCAAACUCAAGCCGCACGUCGGGCCUGUGUCCAUGCGGCCCAGAACUUCAAGCUGAUGUCCGAAAGGCGGGUUUCGGAUAAUGUGACCAUUCAUUCCGUCACGGCGCUCUUUUCGUCCGCCUUGGUUCUGGGCCUGUACCUGUUCAUGGUCAACCCAGAAUCAGUCGCGUCGCGUCAGGGAACGGCACCCGUUGAGCUGGCCGAGUCGGACCCGAACUGGAUCGAACUGCAGGAUCUGGGGUUCCGUGACGAAUCACUUGACCUGCAACCCGAGCGAAGCCUGACGACCAACCGUGAAGACGAGCAGUUUUCGCCUGUCUACCAGUUUGUGAAGCAUGGUGGCACUAUUUCUCUUAACGGAGUCGUGCAUCAGGGCGGCUACGAGAGCGCCAGGAGGGUCUUGUUGGACUUUGCCAACCUGAUGGAUGGCAUCUCCGGCCGCCGACUGCGGACAUUUACCCAAGUCUUGCAUAUCAUGAGUGAUGACUUGAUGAAUGUGGAUCCUGCCUUGUAGUAGUAGUAACGUGAGAGAUAUAAAAGAACAAGAGAAGCAUCAGCGAGAGGUAGCGAUAAUGAGACACUCGGAAUGAAUGAGGAAAAAUAAGAAUUGUGGCAUUAUAUACUGUCCUUGUUUCUGCACAUGUCUGUCUAUACGACUUGUUGAAAUGCGCUAGCCUGCCAUCUUGGCCUGCCAUGGCUAUCUUUAUUCUUUAUGCAGGUGUUUGUCAUGGAGCGUUACUUGGGUACUUGGAUACUGUUGGGUUUCUUCCUUUCCUACUUGCCAUGGUAUGGAAGGUAUGAUAGAUGGUACUUGAGAUACCAUCCGCAUCAGACCAGAACCACUGAAAUCAAAUGUCAAAGUCGUCGUCGUCG